AUGAAGAACCUCCGUCGUGGUGGCCUAGCCGUCCUUUUCAUAAUCCUCUCAUGGUUCGGUCUCACCGCCCUCCACAAACACCUCGAUCCAAACGAACACGCACCCGACGAGCUACGAGAAGAUGCCUUCUGGAUCUCGACUUCGAAGAACUGGUUAGACAGACAGGCGUGUCGGUGGAUAGGUCUCUGUGGUCUUGCGCACUGGCAUCCGGAUCCUGCGGUUCGGCCGUGGAAUAGAAGGAGGGACAAGAAGAGGCAUGGGAGGGAUGUGCAGAGUGUGUUGAAGGAGGAGGAGGGGCAGGAUGGAGAGGACGACGACCGUGAUUUGUGGGAGACGAUACCGGGUGACGGAGAGAGGUUACGGCCGGGUGAUUGGGAUGGAGAUACGAGGGUUCUGAAAGAAGUACCGCAAUACGUACUGGAUCAUGCGCCGCUGGUACAUCUCUACUCUGGAGAGCAGUUCUGGCCGUCAGAUAUCAGGGAACAUCUCAGACAUGUAAUGCCAUAUUCCAACCUGACAGAACUCAACAUCACUGGAUUUCGUCCUACAGUCGACAACCUCCACCAGUUGAAUGAAGGAAGGAAAGGAGCAUUCGUCUUCUUGCACAGUAAAGAAGACGUAGAGGAGCGGCCAGAUUGGUUAGGAAGCGCAUACAAUAAACCAAUACCCUACGAUGAUGAGGAGGAAGACCCCGAAGACUCCGAUGAGGUGGAAGAACCUCUUCUGGAAGAAAUAUCCUCUGGUGCUAUUCCCUCAGAAGAAGAUCUCGAAACAUGGUUCGACCCGUACGGUCCCAAGCAUAAAGUCGCCGCACCCAUCACACCAACCUACCAGUCUGUCCCUCCUAAGAAACAAACCAAGGAAACCUACCGCGACGCCCUUCGAGCCCGAUCUCCUGCUCUGCAAAAACCAGGCGGCUAUUCCCCUGCACCAGCCAUCCUUGUCCUUGUUGACAAAGGAUCCGGUAUCCUCGAUGCUUACUGGUUCUACUUCUAUUCCUACAACCUCGGAACCACAGUUCUUAACAUCCGCUUUGGGAAUCACAUCGGCGAUUGGGAACACUCUCUCAUUCGCUUUCACAAUGGCGUUCCGAAGGCAGUGUUCUUCUCGGCUCAUUCCGGUGGUCUGGCAUAUUCAUACUCUGCAGUCGAGAAAGGCAAAGGAAAGGGUAGAGAAGGGCGACCGGUUCUGUACAGUGCAUUAGGCAGUCACGCAAUGUACGCCCAGCCAGGAAGCCAUCCUUAUAUCCUACCCUUCGGCCUCCUAGCCGACGUCACAGACCGCGGACCUCUCUGGGACCCAGCGCAGAAUUACCUCGCGUAUCAUUACAACACAUCCAUCACUCACGGCGCCGACGCCAAAUCCUUCCCUUCCCCUUCUCCCUCUGAUCCAUCUCCCUCCGACCCAUCCACUCCCCUCACAAACUACACCGACAUCGACCCCCUCUCCCCCACCGACCCCAACACUCUCAAGCCCUCCCUCGACGCCCGCCUCCGUACCACCAACCUCCCCCUCUCACACAUGCGUUCCGCGCUGCAGCCCGCAUCCAACACUCCCGACGCGCCCAUGGGAUGGUGGUGGUUCAGUGGUCACUGGGGUGAUAAGUUCUAUGCUUUGGGGGAUAGGAGGCAGUGGCGGUUUGUGGGACAGUAUCAUUAUGUGAAUGGACCGUUUGGGCCUAGGUGGAAGAAUCUGGGGAGGAGUAAGGUCUGUCAGAGUCAUGGGACUUGUAGGAUUGUGGAUAGUUUGAGGGAGGGGAAAGGGAGGAGUUGGAUUGGGAAGAGGUGA